AGCUGCGCUGAGUGGGCCAGGCUGAGAGAUGCGCGUUCACCAAGCCGGGAAAAGGAGGACCACUGCCUCUCCCUCCACCGCGCUUCACUUGGUAUAACCUUCUCAUCACCAGCAUCAGCAUGUCGCCGCCUUGGAGAGACUAUAAUUAAUAUCACGACGGUUAUUUGGUGGAAUUUUCCUCUGGAUUGUUGGAAUGUUCCGUAUGUACACAUAGGCUGUAUCCGCCCGGAAUCGUCUCGCUGCACGAAAAGUUCUCUCAAAGGUGUGUUCGAAACUGGAGGACACAGCAUGGGGCACAGAACUGGACCAACGAUGAAGGUCACGUCCUUCAAUCCAGGAAGUCGUCUGAAAGAAAACACACAAGACACUGCUCUGAAUCACUGACUAACGACACUGUGUGACCUUCUCCUUAGUACUGUCACCUGUACACUCUGUGGGAAAAUCGGAUAUUUUCAGUUUAUCUCUGCAAAGACUUGGCUGAGAAUAUUACAUCCUGUCCAUUAUCAACAUUAGAAAAACAAACAGAUAUUGCAUUCUGCAUUUCACUGUAAAAUGAUUUAUGUGGACCAUAACAUCCAGCAGACAAAUCCUGAAUAGCACCCAGAACCAGAUGUAAUCAUCACUCUGUCUCUUUUUUGGUGCAUCCUGUCACUCUCUACAAUGAAUCCCAUCAGCAUAGCUGGGUUUUUCUUCUGUCUGCUGGGUACCAUGCUGGGCCUGAGCGUAGGUUUGGAGUUUACUGGCGCUGGAGGUCAGUGGGCUCGCUACCUGCGCUGGGACGCCAGCUCUAGAAGUGACCUGACAUUUCAGUUCAAGACUUCAGAAUCGGAGGGUCUGCUGCUCUACUUCGACGAUGGUGGCUAUUGUGACUUUUUGCUGCUCGCUGUGUCAGACGGUAAGCUGCAGCUUCGCGUCAGCAUUGACUGUGCAGAGACCACCAUCACCUCUGACAAGGUGGUCAACGACAGCCGCUGGCACUUUGCUGCCAUCAACAGGCACAAUUUGAGGACUGGCUUGGCCGUGGACGGCCAGACCAAGACGGAGGAGGUACGGCCCCAACGGCGGUUUAUGAAAAUCGUUAGUGACCUCUUUCUGGGGGGGCUCCCGGUGGACAUCCGCACAUCUGCCAUCACCCUGCCCUCUGUCCGUGAGCUACCACCAUUCAAGGGAAUUAUCACAGACCUCAGUUAUGGGAGUAAGCUGCCCACACUCAUCAAUAGUCAGAAAGUACGCUUGGAGAUGAUGGGUCUUUGCACAGAGAACCCCUGUGAGAAUGGCGGGGUCUGCUCUUUGGCGGAUGGAGAACCCUACUGUGACUGCUCCAGAUCUGGAUAUGUGGGUCAAUACUGCACUGAAGCAGUCCAGAGAAAACCAGGCCUCGCACACCUGAAGGCAGAGCAAGGGAGAAACAAAGCGAGGGAGGAGAACGUGGCCACCUUCCGGGGCUCGGAGUACUUCUGCUACGACCUGUCGCAGAACCCCAUUCAGAGCAGCAGCGACGAGAUCACGCUGUCCUUCAAGACCUGGCAGCGCAACGGCCUCCUGCUGCACACGGGCAAAUCCGCAGACUACGUCAACCUAGCGCUGAAAGACGGGGCCGUCUCCCUCGUCAUCAAUCUGGGCUCCGGGGCCUUUGAGGCCAUCGUGGAGCCAGUGAACGGAAAGUUCAACGACAACGCCUGGCACGACAUCAAAGUGACGCGCAACCUGAGACAGCAAUCAGGCAUUGGACACGCUAUGGUGACUAUCUCCGUUGAUGGGAUCCUCACCACCACUGGCUACACCCAGGAAGACUACACCAUGCUGGGCUCAGAUGAUUUCUUCUACGUGGGUGGGAGCCCCAGCACCGCUGACCUGCCUGGAUCUCCAGUCAGCAACAAUUUCAUGGGCUGCCUGCGAGAGGUGGUGUACAAGAACAACGAUAUCAGGCUAGAGCUGUCUCGCCUCGCCCGCAUCGUGGACCCCAAGAUGAAACUCCAAGGCGAUGUGGUCUUUAAGUGUGAAAACGUCCCAACCCUGGACCCGAUCAACUUCGAGACGCCAGCCUCCUACCUGGCCUUGCCGAAGUGGAACACCAAACGCGUGGGUUCCAUUUCGUUUGAUUUCCGCACCUCUGAACCCAACGGCUUGAUACUCUUCACCCACGGCAAGCCCCAGGACCGGCGGGACCCAAAGGGCCAGAAGAACAACAAGGUGGACUUCUUUGCGGUGGAGCUGCUGGAUGGAGGGCUGUACCUGCUGCUGGACAUGGGCUCCGGCACCAUCAAGGUCAAGGCCACACAGGCCAAGGUCAACGACGGAGUCUGGCACCAUGUGGACAUCCAGAGGGACGGUCGCUCAGGCAUCAUCUCAGUAAACAGCCGCCGAUCUCCAUUCACAGCCAGUGGGGAAAAUGAGAUCUUGGACCUGGAAGGGGACCUCUAUCUGGGUGGUCUGCCUGACAGCAGGGCAGGCCUGGUGCUGCCCACGGAGCUCUGGACCGCCAUGCUGAACUACGGCUACGUCGGCUGCGUCCGGGAUCUGUUCAUCGACGGACGCAGCAAGGACAUCCGGCAGAUAGCUCAGUCCCAGAACAUGACCGGCAUCAAGUCCUCCUGCAGUAAGGUGACGGGAAAACAGUGCGACAGCAACCCCUGCAAGAACAGCGGCGCAUGCAAGGAGGGCUGGAACCGCUUCGUCUGUGACUGCACUGGAACGGGCUUCUGGGACAGCACCUGUGAGAGAGAGGCAUCCAUCCUGUCGUACGACGGGACCAUGUACAUGAAAGUGGUGAUUCCAAACGUCAUGCACACAGAGGCCGAGGACGUCUCCCUGCGCUUCAUGUCCCAGCGGGCCUUUGGCCUGCUCAUGGCCGCAACGUCCAGCGAGUCAGCGGACACGCUGAGGCUGGAGCUGGACAGCGGCAGGGUCAAACUGACGGUCAACCUAGACUGUGUCAGGAUAAACUGUAACACCAGCAAGGGCCCUGAAGUCCUUUAUGCCGGACAAAAGCUCAACGACAACGAGUGGCACUCAGUGCGAGUGGUCCGCCGCGGUAAAAUCUUCAAAAUCACCGUGGACAACGACAUGGCUGAAGGUCAGAUGGCGGGGGACCACACCCGUCUGGAGUUCAACAACGUGGAGACGGGCAUCUUGACCGAGAGGCGCUUUGUGUCGUCUGCUCCCUCCACCUUCAUAGGGCAUCUUCAGAGCCUCAAAUUCAACGGGAUGCAGUACAUCGACAUGUGCAAGAACGGGGACAUUGACUUCUGCGAAUUAAACGCCCGCUUUGGCAUGCGCUUCAUCACAGCCGACCCCGUGACCUUCAAGACCAAGGGCAGCUACCUGGGCUUGGCCACUCUGCAGGCCUAUACCACAAUGCACCUCUUCUUUCAGUUCAAAACCACCUCGCCUGACGGUUUCAUCAUCUUCAACAGCGGAGACGGCAACGACUUCAUCGCUGUAGAGCUGGUCAAAGGGUUCAUCCACUAUGUGUUUGACCUGGGGAACGGGCCCAGUCUGUUGAAGGGGAACAGUGACAACCCUCUGAACGAUAACCACUGGCACAGCGUGGUCAUCACCAGGGACGACUCCAACACGCACACGCUCAAGGUGGACGCAAAGUCCGUCACCCAGAAUGUCAACGGAGCCAAGAACCUGGACCUCAAAGGUGACCUGUUUGUCGGAGGUCUGGGACCCAACAUGUACCAGAACCUGCCUAAGCUGGUGGUUUCCCGGGAGGGCUUCCAAGGCUGCUUGGCCUCGGUUGAUCUCAACGGCCGCCUGCCGGAUCUCAUCAACGACGCCCUUUUCCGCAGCGGGCAGAUUGAGCGAGGCUGCGAAGUUGGUUUCACCAAAGCUGACCUGCAAGGCCCGAGCACGACUUGCCAGGAGGACUCGUGCGCCAACAUGGGUGUGUGCAUCCAGCAGUGGGAGAACUUCACUUGUGACUGCUCCAUGACGUCUUACUCCGGAACGCACUGCAGCGACCCUGGCACCACCUACAUCUUUGGCAAAGGAGGGGGUCUGAUCACGUACACGUGGCCCAAUAAUGAGAGGCCAAGCACACGGACGGACCGGCUGGCAGUGGGCUUCAGCACCACCAUCAAAGACGGCAUCCUCGUCCGCAUCGACAGUGCCCCUCGUCUGGGUGACUACAUCAUGCUCCACAUCGAACAAGGCAAAGUGAGUGUAACAUUCAACAUUGGGACAGUGGACAUCAGUGUGAAGGAAACAACCACGGCGAUAAACGAUGGCAAAUACCAUCUGGUCCGAUUCACCAGGAACGGGGGUAACGCCACCCUGCAGGUGGACAACUGGCCGGUCAAUGAACACUUCCCCACAGGCAACAGCGACAUUGAGCGCUAUCAAAUGGCAAAUAAGAAAAUCCCGUUCAAAUAUACCCGGCCAGUAGAAGAUUGGCUUCAGGAGAAAGGCCGGCAGCUGACCAUCUUCAACACUCAGGCCACCAUCUCCAUCGGCGGAAACGACCGCAAGCGGCCGUACCAGGGCCAGCUCUCCGGCCUCUACUACAACGGCCUCAAGGUCCUCAACAUGGCCGCCGAGGGCCACGUCAACAUCAAGGUGAACGGCAGCGUGCGGCUGGUGGGCGACGUGCCGGUCAGCAGGGGCGCGGCGCGCACCACCACUUCGGUGCCUCCGGAGAUGUCCACCACGUUCAUCGAGACCACCACCACGCUCUCCACCACGACCACCCGCAAACAGCGCUCCCCGCCCACUAUCCAGACGACCGAUGACAUCGUUUCGUCCGCCGAGUGCUCCAGCGACGACGAGGACCUGGAGGAGUGCGACUCGGGACAUGCAGGAGGGGAGCUAGUGAUCCCCGUGCUAGUGGAGGACCCCAUAGACAUCCCCUCUGUAUCCACCCGUUCUCCCUUCAUCCCCCUCCCCCCAACCCUCCGCCCCGUCCUCACCAUUAUCGAGACCACCAAAGAAUCCUUGGCCAUGGCCACUGAGGCGGGGGUACCUUGCUUUUCGGACCGAGGCGGCGAUGAUUGUGAUGAUGGUGGUGAUGAUGAUGAUGAUGAUGGCAUGGUGAUUUCGGGGUUUGGCUCUGGCGAAGCUUUGGACCCAAGCCUGCCCCCGACUGACGAUGAAGAUUUUUACACCACCUUCUCCCUGGUAACAGAUAAGAUCUUGACCACAUCGGCCUAUGAAGGCGGCUACAAAGCCCUCGCACCCAAGUGGGAGGCCAAGGACUUGAGGCCUAGCAAAGCCUCUGAGGCAGGUAGGACUACACCCUCCUCGCCUUUGCCUGACCCCCGGGGCACGCCGGCGGUCCCCUCGGACAAGCCGCCCAAGCUGCCCGCCGGGAAAAUGAACAACCGCGAGGUAAAGCCCCCGCAGCCGGACAUAGUCCUGCUGCCCCUGCCCACCACAUUCGAUCUGGACGGCACCAAGCCGCGCGGCCCCUUCAUCACCUCGCCCAUGCUGCGCACGGUGCCCGCCCCCUUGCCCACUGUGCCCGGCGUGGUGAGGCGGGUGCCCCCGGGGGCCUCGGAGGUGAUCCGGGAAUCCAGCAGCACCACAGGCAUGGUGGUGGGUAUCGUCUCAGCCGCCGCCCUCUGCAUCCUCAUCCUCCUCUACGCCAUGUACAAGUACAGGAACAGGGACGAGGGGUCCUACCAGGUGGACGAGACGCGCAACUACAUCAGCAACUCGGCGCAAACCAAUGGCGCCGUGUUGAAGGAGAAGGCGCCCAGCGGCGGCGCCAAAGGCAGCGCCGGUACCAAGAGACCGAAAGACAAGGACAAGGAAUAUUAUGUAUAGAAGUCAUUUCCCAACACGUGUGUUUGGAACACGGUUCUAAACGUUUUGACAGUACCAUAUUGGCAACUGUGAUUUAAAAAGGAUCAAAUCUCUUGAGAAUUCACUGAAACAUUUGCAGGAAGAACUUUGGCUUAUGGAAGCACACUUACUAUUGUAAGCAUUACAGAGAGACAAUGCAGUACAACCUCCUACCGGGACUCAGCGUGGAUCCUUUGAAGGAAAAACAUCCCUCGAACAUCCACACGUCCCCCAGUGACUGUCAAGAUGAGCGUGAUCCUUCGAGUUCCAACAACCCUGUCCAUUGUAAACCUGUAAAAUAGGAUCACUGUCGUUUGGGCCAUCCUGAGCAUGCGUGUGAGUGUAUGUGACGUGGUGCAGUGAGGGACCUCAAGAAAACAUGAUUGUCGGGAAAGUUGGAAGUCAAAACAUGAUUGGCAUCGCUAACAGUUUCAUUAAAUGUAGCUUUCAUGGAGGCAAAGUACAAAUGGGUACUUACAGCUGUCCUUUGUUUGUUCAUGUAUGUAUUCAUUUGGUAAGUUAUUUAUUCCUUUAUGGGAUGGAGGUCCUUCCUUUGGGAGGAUGAUUGGCUGAGGGUGAGGACGCGGUUAAGGGUCGCCGCGAGCUGGCGUGCGCGGCGAGCAAAUCCCAGAUGGCGUCCUGGCGUGGAAGAGGGGACCCGCCGGGGCAUUGUUACGUCGCUCAAUUGAAAAUAUCCAAACGCUUCGUUUGUGUCCAUCCUCCUCCUGAGGGGUUCCAUACGCAUUAUCAUAACGUGUGUCCAGCUGAGAUUUUAACUGUCGCAAUCUUAAAAAAGGUCUGGACUAAAGACUUACUCUAGUGUGAACAAGUGAGAUUCUAUCUGUUGUCACAGACAACUGUGUCAAAAACAGCAAAUAUGUUUACAUAUUUUAUUACAUCAUAGCCGUUGUGCUUUGCAGGUCAAUAUUGUACAGAAAAUGAAAGUUUCUGUUGAUUUUUUAAAAAAGUCAUCCUCUUGUAUAGACGGACCAUUUGAUUUGAUUUUACCGCUUGAGCAACACGACAAAGAAGUGAUUUAUAAUCCUUUGGAACGCCGGGGGAUAAAAAAUGAUGUGCACAGGAACAUUUGUUUAGACAGAGAGCAAAUGUUGUUAGAUUAGACGUCUAGUCUCUCUGGAUAAUGUUCCUCUCCAGUCGCAUGAAUAUUUCACCAGAAGCUGUCAAUCAAUUAGAAAACAACUCCCUCAGAUCCCGUAGUCGGGUUUCCUCCUUAUUCUGAAAUGAAUACCAUGAUGUUAUUUAUUUUUUAUUGGACAUUUUAAGAAGGAAUAAAGACGGCUUAUGAGAGUUAUUGUGGCACCUUACUGAUUUAGUGGGUGUUUUUUUGUUCCCUUUCCUCCUUUUUUUAAAAACGUUCUUGUACGCUCAACUCGUCUUCUUGCAUUUGUUUUCUCUGUUUAUUGAGUAGCUUCAUUUCAUGUCUCAUUUUUAUGACAUUCUCUUCCAGCAAUAUUUCGUUUUUUUAUGUCAUUAUUUAUUGCUGAAGUUAUGUGUUCUCAUUUUCAGGUCAAAUCAGUCAGUGUGUAUGUUCACUUUGGUUUUUUGUGUUGUUACUUGGCUUUUUUCGAACAGUUAAUUAUUCGUGUCUAAUGCUCCUGUGACUCCAAACAAUUCCCACAAAUAAAAAAUGUUGUUCCCAAA